CCAACUGUGGGAGCAAUAGCUUCUGAAUUUGAACCCAGAACAGAAUUUGAGAAGAAAAUUGCUUCAUUAGUUUAUGACGACCAGGUUAUGGAGGCUCACCAAAAAGAUGGGUCAAGGCUUCUUGAAUUAAAUAAGGUAUCAGCUGAAGAUGAAAAGGACCGCCAUAAUCGAAUGGCCAAAAUGCGCAGCCUUCUCUUCCGUCAUGAAAUGAAGUCAAAACACAUAAAAAAGAUCAAAUCCAAAACAUAUCAUCGUCUGUUGAAGAAAGAUAGAUUGAAGGCAUCAUCUACACAAAGUGAAAUGGAUCUAGAAGCUGCUAAAGAACUCGCAAUGAAGCAAGAGUAUGAGAGAGCAAAGGAACGAAUGACUCUGAGGCACAAAGGUAGCUCCAAGUGGACCAAGCGCAUCAAAGAGCGUGGUAUAGAUGUCCAAGAUGAAGGAACUCGUACUGCGAUUGCCGAACAGCAGCACCUGCAUGCUCUGCUAACAAGAAAAAUGAAUUCUAUGAAAGAUGGUAGUAGCAGUAGCAGUGAUGACACUAGUGAUGAGGAUGAUGUGGAUGUAUAUUCAGCUGGUUCAGAUCAGGCUAGGGCAUCAAAGUUGUUAGAAAAAGCAAAGGAGAAGACACUUAACUUGUUGGAUGAAGAUGAUGAAGUGCCUAAAUCAGGAGUGCUUUCAUUACCUUUUAUGGUGCGUGGAUUGAAAAAAAGGAAUGAGGCAGCUGCUGAAGAAGCUAAACUUGCUCUUCAAGAGUAUGAGUCAUGGUCAAAUCAGUUGGAGGAUUCAAAUGGGGCAGAUAAUGCAAAAGUGGCCCCUCCAAGUGGUAGAAUGGUCUUCAAUGCAUCCAAGAAGGAGGCUCCAGAAUCAAGUAAUAAGACCCAAUCGGAUGAUAAGAUUAGAUCAGAUAAUUAUUAUGGUAAUAGUGAUAGUGAAGAUGACUUCGAGCCCAAAGAAAAUGUUGAUAUCAGGGAAGACAGAAGUAGUGAUUUGCAGAACAAUGGCGGCAUUAAUCCUGUCUUACUUCAUAAGGAAUCUAAAAAUCAUAAGGAUUCUCUUUUCAAGAACUUUGAUGAUAUUGUUCAAGACCCAGGUCCGAAGACAACACAUGAGGUUUCUAUUUUUGCUUCAGGCACAUGGAAAAAGAUGAAAGGUGGCAACAAUGCAGAUGCCAAUGCGAAUAAGCCUACUCGGCCCUUGGAAUCAGUUGUGCUCAAUCAAAAUUUUCAAGAACCUGUGAAGGAUUUGGACGAGUAUAGUGAUGCAGAUAGUGAGGGGCAGAUGGUAGAUGGGAUUCUUACUUCAAAGAAUGCUGGUGAUGAAGGGCAAUCAAGCAACAAUUUGAGUGUGACUACUAAUGUGAUAUACUUAUAUCGCUAUGCAGAAAAUUUAAGCUCUCAACAAAAAAUUGAGAUUACCAAGGUAGAACAGACUAAGGAGAGUUCUGGGAAUGCAAAAGAAAUUCCUGCAGGUGGAGAUGGUUUUUCUGGAAAAGGGGUUAAAGAGGAUGUGCUUGUGAAGAAGGACUAUUUAAUAUCAGCAAUGAAGGCAGUCUGUGAUAAACUUGAACAAGCCAAUGGGAAGGUUCUUGUUUCGGAUAUCAAGAAGGAUCUAGGUUACAGCGGAACUCGUCCCGGGAAUAGAGCUUGGAGGAAGAUUUGUGGCAAAUUGGAAGCUGCUGAUAUUGUGAAAAAGUUUGAAGUUCAAGUGAAUAAGAAGGUUGAGCAAUUCCUGGGUUUGCUGAAAAAGUUUUGUCCAGUGAGUUUUGAUCCAAAAAAUCCUGGGCAGGUGAAAUUCAUAAAGAAAUGUCAAACCACUGAUCUGCUUGUAGAACUUCCAAUUGAGCAUCAAAUUCAGGAAUUGAUUAAUGCUGCAGGCUCAGAGGGCAUUAUUAUGUCCAAUGUUUCGAAGAGGCUUGGAAUUGGCAGGAAAGAGAGUGAUAAGCUGAUUGAAAGUAUGUGCUCUAGGUUUGGGAUGAUUAAGAAGAAAGAAAGAAACAAAAAAAAUCCAAGAAUAUCGAGUUUGGGCACUGGGGAAAUGCAAUUCUGAAUCAGCCAAUGCAUUCCUUAAUAAAUCAGAAAAUCUCAAUCAAAAUCAAACUCUUUCCACAUGUGACUAUUCAACUUUGACAGAAACGGAAACAAAUGACACCUCAUCAGAAAGACCACCUGCUGUGUUAAAGCCAUGUAGACCAUGUCUGUCUUUGACAGUGGAUGGUUCCAUAAGGGAAGAAAGGAUAAUUAAACAGUUACAGGAUAAAGGGGAUGGAGUUCAAUCUCAAAAACGUAAACAUGCUUCCCUGAAAAGGAAGAGAACUUCUGAAGCAAGGUCAGUAGAGUUCACAGAAGUUGACGAGGUAACUAGACGGUUGAAAGAGCAGAGGCUUGCUACAUUACCUGGUUACUGAGAAAC